GCCAAUCAGUCAAUCAACCCAGCCAGUCAGCCAGUCAGCCACCCACAUCCCACACCCCAUUCAUCAUCACCACGUUAAGCUAUUACACUGCGCUGCACUUGCGUUUCUCCGGACUGAAUAGAGGACUCAUCAGUCAGUCAGUCAGACGGUCGAUAUGGUGGGGCACAAUACGCUGCCAAAGCUCGAAGCCGCCAAUGCGUUCCGCCACGGCCUGUUCCAGUGCUUUUUCGAGCCCGACCCGGCGAUCCGACGCGAGGCCCUCAAAACUAUUGGCCAUGUCGUCGAGUUCUGGUCUCAUUCGUGGCUCGAGUACCAUUGCAAGACUCCCAUAUCGCCGACGACCCGCACCGGAAGACCCCCCAUCGCGAGACAUUCCAGUAGUGGCUCGGGCUUCUCGAAUCCUGCCGGGAAUAUACUGCGCAGGGAUUCGACGUUGAUGCAGUUCGACGACCUGUUUGGUGUGGAUGGCGACGAUGUGUUCAACAAUGGCGGCGGCGGCCCGAGACGGAAAGAUUCAAUGCCUGGGGAUACGCCCGAUAGAGACGAGCCUGGGUGGUCGAUGUUUGGCGGGGAAUGCGCGAUAUCACUCUCGGAUACUUCCAGUUUUCCCGCGGACCAGGAGUUUAGAUUUUCCAAUAGGGGACUGGGAACCAUCGAUUUCUCGGUGGCCGAUGUGAGCUGGGCGGGAAAGGUCGUUGCCGACGAAAACUGGGGAGUCGAGCAGAUGAGGGUCAAUCUGGAAGAUUACUUCACCUGGUUACUCCGGUUUUCUGUCGAUUGCGUCUACAAGGAUGUUAGGAAAGGGUGCCAGGCAAUCCUGCAGCGAGCAGAGAAAUCAGGAGCCCAGUUACCCAUCAUUCCACAAACCGGGCCGUCGGUGUUUGUGCCUCUCUGUGAUACCAUAGGACUGGACUAUCCCGAGCCGGCUGGCACACCAACGGCUACUCCGUCCGAGAAGUCCCCCAGUCCACUAGACACGCCUUCGGACGAGGAUGAUGACGGAAAUAUUUCCUCUAGAGAUUCGUUCCCGGUGGGAAUCAUGAUUCCAGAUAGGCAACGAUCACGGUCCAAGGGAAGGAUGCCCAUCGCUAGUAGUAUUGGGAGAACAACAAGGCGUGCUGCAGCAUCCUUGAUCUCUUCACUUUUCCAAACGCCUCCCUCGCCCGGCGCUGGUGGGAAGUUCAAACGCCGCACCAAUGGGCGGAGAACAGUGCCGAAAUAUUUCCCCAAAGCGAAGGAGCCGAGUGAUGAGGUCAGGGCAUUGCAGAUGCAGACGUACGCACGCACUGGCCGUAUCAACAACUUCAACAAGGUGCUAUUUCAGUUUCCGAAAUUCGCCGAGAUCAACCGUCGGGUCACCGACCUUUUCCUCUCGGAUGAUUCGAUGGAUGGCCCGCUGCCACAGACUUGGAGGAUAUAUUUGGGUGUAAUGGCGGCGGCUGAGAAGAGAUGCCAAUACUUUCAGAACCUACUGUCGGAAAAGCUGUUGACAGUUGGCGGUCCCGUUGAGUGGCUCAAGGGGAUUCAGUAUUGUCCUACCAAGCUGCAGAGAAUCGCCAAUCUUAACAAAUCACUUGCGCACGUCCCUUGGACUAUAUCCUCCGACGAUAUAUCUUACCUCGUACACAGUGACAACGGAUUGGAGUCCCGAUGGAGCGUUUCUGAAGUCGUUGAAGCGAUCUUGGUGCUUUCGUUUUACCACGGGAAGUCUGCAUUGGCUCUUGCAUGGGGUGUUCUGCCAGAGGCCGAUCUACUUGGUGGAACUGUCAAAACCAGUACUCCUGUGGCUCCGUUCGGUAGUUUCGCGCCAUCCGCCUCUCUGUCUACAGAUCUUGCAAGCGAGCCCACGCGCUACCCGAAAACUCUAUCCGAAUCGGUGACGAAAGGAGGCGACGGGAGUUUUCUGGGAAUGGUCGGGAGAAAACGGGUCACGAAAGCUGUCCAGAACGAUACCGUACCCGAGAGAUGGAGGACAUUAUCGAAUGGGUCUGCGUCGGCCUCGCCGAUGGCGGUGUAUUCUUCACCGUCGCCGAGGAUCCUUCAGUCUCUGGAACCCAACGAUGCUGAUGACUCCAGACGCACCAGGACCCGGACUUUCAAGCGGCGGAAAUCCUUCGACGAGUGCGGCACAAGCGAUGAACUUCCUAGUGUCAGCGCCGCCUCCCUCUCAUCCUCAGCUCCGAACUCAAACUCAUUCCUUGUGUACUCAGCAAUGUCGGGAGGAAAGCCAUUAUCGAUGCUGAAGGAUCACAUCCUCUCCCCCUCAAGCUCAACUAGCUCCAUCUUCGACCUAGCACUAGCAAGCAUAGGCGAGCAAGCGAACAUGAUCGCCGACGACCACUCCAAAUUCCUCAGCGAAGAGCGACUAACCGCCGAGCAACUGGACCCAAACCGCAACGAUUACGAAGUCCUCUCGAUGGAGGAGUUCUCUUGGGACAACGCCAGCUGCAUCUUCGGCUCCUACCUCGACAGUUGCGUCGACCUGCUGGACGAUUACUUCCGGCAAGCAAUGGAUGCCGACAGCUCAGACGACGGCCUCUUCGAGUCGCCGCCCGCACCCUCUCCCACCCCCAUCCCCAUCUCCAACAACACCCGCUCCGUCAACGAGGCAGCGUGGUACUAUAGCUUGCGCCUGGUAAACAUUCAGAAAGACGACUUCAGGUACUCGGACAUCAAGCUGGCCCUCGAGAACCCUACCAGGAGGUAUCUGAAGCGCAUCUGUAUCCAGCCGGAGCUGGUCAGUGCCGCGGACUGGAUCGGUGUCCAGGGAAUGAAUACCGAAGAGAAGUGUAGGAUGGGUCUGCUGGUCACGCAGGCUAGGUUUCUGGGUGAGAUGCUGUGGGGCGUCAAGGCGGUUAGUGAUUUUUUGUGUUAGUCUGUUAGAGCGCGGUUUUGCGGCGUUGGAAUUGGCAGGGUGGUAUAUAUUC